GUCAUACAUUUUUUUUUCAAAGAAUUUAAUCAAUUUAUGCACAAGAAAUUUCUAGUGAGUUAUCAUUUUAAUUAUCACUAAUACAAGUAAAAUGAAUUAUUUUAGUAUUAUACAUAGUAUGUUAUUGAACAUAACAAUUUCCAAUGCAAUUAUUGUACCUAAGACUAAUGAACUAUUUACGAAUAUUGAAUAUCAAACUUUUGUAACCAAUGACGAUCUAAAUGAACUUAUAAGAGGGUAUCCAGCAUUCCUUCAGCUAACAUUACGAGAAAAUAAAUAUUACACUGGUAGUGAUGCAUCUCUUUGUCCUCUACCUUAUGAUGAAAAUACACUGUUGGAUGAUCCUGAUGUUGAGAAAUUACAAUAUUUUGACCCGAGAAAAUGUGAAAAGCCGUGGACGUGGACGCAACAAAAUCAAAUUAUUGUUCCUGUUCAAAAAGAAUUUACCAUUAACAAAAGGUUAGGGAAACUGAUUUUUCGAAAUAACAAUUUAGAAAUUAUUCAGAGUUAUACUCAUUAUCUGAAUACUAUGGAAAGUGUUGGAAUAACUUUAGUCGAUAGAUUUUGUUUGUUUUUAAUGGAAGUCAUGGAUAGAAUCGAUGAUUUCUCUCAUGCUUCAAUACGUCUUCCAUUAUCGAAUAGAACUGUAUUUUACCUAGUAGGAAACUUAAGCAUUUAUUACUUUAAAAAGUUAUUAAGACAUAUAUAUGAUACAUUUAGGAAGUACUUCAUUUCUACAUUACCUCUUGACUGUAUUUCGAAUGUUCUGAAAGAGAUUUAUCCAAAUGACGAAUUAAAUAACUUUGAUGGUAUACCAAUUCUUAAAAAUAAUAUUGAAAAAUACAAAGCGCAAUUAUUAGAAUGCAGAAAACUUACACAUUUAAAAAGAAACUAUGCUAUUCUUAUAAAUGAUGACUUGUGGGAGCACGAUAUCAUUUCAAAGGAUAUACCUGACAAUCAAGAUUUAAUAACAUUAUAUGAAGACAAUGUUGAAAAAAUAGCUACACUUUUUAAUGUGGCAAGAGUUUCUUUAUUUGUUUAUUUAUAAUUCUAAUUUUACAAUUAGUUUUUAUAAAAAUGAUAUUUAGUAUUACAUUAUGUUAUCAUAUAAAUUAAGUAUAUUUUGUUGAUUAAUAUUUAAAUAUUUAUUAUUAUUAAAUGCUAUAUCAUAAUUUAAAUACAUUUUUCUCAUCUCUCACUGGACUGAUUUCUUUCAAAAAUACGUCAAAAGAUCACAAAUCGUAUCUAAUUGGAGACAUUACCCUUAAAAAUUGAAAAAAAUUCCUUCGUUCCCCGAAAAUGGGGGAAAUAUCCAAAAAAAUUACAAAUUUAAAA